AUGGCGACCUCCCUGGUCGACAUCCCCACCGCCUGCUCGUCCCACGGCCUGGUCACCGUCGUCGGCGUCGUGGUGGAUGCCCUGGAUGUGUUUCGCACGCGAGGGUCCUCAUCCUGCGUGACCUUCACCAUCAAGGACUCCGAAUUCGACGCCCCCACCUGGCAGGGCGGUCUCAAGGUCAAGUACUUCAACGACAACGAGAGCUUUCUGCCCCAGGUGCGCCUCAACGAUGUAGUCCUGCUGCGCAAGAUCCGGGUUCGGAUAUACCAGGGUAAACCGACUGGCGUGGCUUCUCAGUAUGAUACAGUUUCUUGGGCAGUCUUUCGCCCCGAGGCAGACCCAAGCUCCAGCCAGUCGAUCAACAGCGGACCCGAACCGUUCAAACCGACUGCGACUGAAAUGAGAGCAGCUCUGAAGUUGCUUGAUCGUGUCUCUGAACAGAGCAACUCGGUGCCGCCACCGCAGGGAUCCAAGACCUUUGUGGUUCAAGCUUCCAGAACGGCUGAGAACGCAACGCCCGCCGGUAACAUCACAGCUCGCAAGCCGGGAACACGUCCUUUCACUCUUAUCAAGGAUGCCCAGCGCAACACCAUCACUCAAUUACUGGGCCAAGUGGUGAAAAUGAACACCUACGAUAGCGAAAAAGCCAUUUUGCAGAUCACCGACUACACCAGCAAUCCUCUCCUCAUUGACUACAAGAGCAAUAAUGACGAAGGCCCCGAAGGAGAUACAUAUAACCAUUUGUCCCUGAACAGAAACAACUGGCCAGGCCCCUGGGGCCAGAUGGUGAUGCAGGUCACUCUGUGGGAGCCUCACGCUAGCUACGCACGCGAGAAUGUCAAAGUUGGCGACAUCUUGCUUUUCACUUACGUCCAUGUCAAGAUGCGCCGUGCCAGCGAUAUCCUCGAGGCUGUCGUCCAUGAGGACGUGCGAUAUAAGGAGAAGAUUCAUGUUCGUUUGUGCCAAGGCGGACACGACGAGCGCACCCAGGAACUUCUGCGCCGCCGAAAAGAAUACUGGGAUGUCCACGGUCAGCCGAGUAAAAAGCCGGAGAAGGCCAACAAGCGGAAAACCAAAGAAGAGCAGAAGAAGCAGCAGCAGAAGAAAAAGAAGAUAGAGAAAGAGGCUCAGGUAAAGGAAGGGCAGACGGUCCUGCAGCCAACGUCACGGCCAAUAGCUAACAAACACAUCCUAGCAAAUGGUUAUCAGAUCCCUGCCAAGUCAUUGGAGUACAUUCUGUCCCGCGAAUGCCACCGCAAUGCUCUCCCAGGCGACCUCACCUAUAAACUUCCAUUUCAAAACGUCUGCUACCGGCCCUUGGUCCGUGUAGUAGACUUCUUCCCCCCGAACAUCGAAGAUUUCACCGUUGCCGUCCCGAACAACUCCAUUCUCGAGGAAACAAGCGGUGCACAGAACAAUUCGACCCAUAAUGGUCGCCCACACAUGAUCUGGGACUGGCGCUUCUGUCUCCUAGUAGAAUCAGGCGAGUCGAACACCCCAAAAAACCAGCCGCGAGAAUAUAUGAAGAUUUUCGUGAGUGGCGCCGACGGAGUCCAUCUCCUGUGUUUGGAUCCUACAGAUCUACGUCGCAAUAAAAACGAUCUCGCGGAACUUAAAGAAAGGCUCUUUAUUCUGUGGGGCGAUCUCCUGGAGAAAAAGCAACAAGCUGCCUCUGCCUCCACAAACAAUCAGGCGUGGGCACCAUUUCCCAGUGUUUCGCUUCCUUUCGAAUGCUGCAUUAAAGAGUACGGUGUGAGCUGUUCUCAUCAGACAGAUCCGGAUGCUAUGGCCGUGGAUGGGGAAGUAUGCAGCCAGCCGGAUUGUUUUGGGUGGGAGCGACGGUUUGCUAUGUUUGGGACGACGAUUAAGUUAGAUCCAUGA